UAGUGCUAUGCGCGAGAGCGAGAUGCGAGACUUAGACAUUUCCUUUUUGGCUUUUCCGGUGCGUUUCGCUGUCGCUCACAUUUUCGUUUUGCUUGUUUUGUCCGACGCGACGCUUUUCAGUUUGCGGCGAGCGUUUUGUUCGAUCAAAACGAAGUCGACCACGCGGCGGCUGCUUUGAUUUUUGUGUGGCAUUAACCACACACACGACUUUCGUCGGCCAAGCCAAACGUGUCUCGUCCUUUUUGGGGGUCAGCAGUUUUCAUUUUCAGUGCUCGCCGUGUUCGUGUCGUCGGUUGUGUGAGUUCAAGAAGUUGCAAGCAUGGCUCUGGUGGCGCAUCGCAUGAUGCUGCCGGCGCGCCAUCGUCGCACCCAACAGCAGGUGGCGCGCAAUAAAGUUGGUGUCCUGCUUGUGCCUAGUCUGGCGGAUUACUACAACAAGGAUGGCGAUCAACUGCAGCAGCAACCACAACAGCAACUGCAGCUGCAACUGCAACAGCAGGUGACGCCGGCUACGUCGCAGCUGGAGCUGCAGGCCGCCGAAGGCAAAGUAAGUGCAACAAGUUGCAGCAAACUCAAAAUUUCACACGCGUUGCAUGCCAAAACAAUUCGCUUUUGCCGUCUUUUUUUGCCAUUUGGCCAACACUUUACCACGUGGCUGAAAUAGUUAGAAUUUCCCUAUCAGCUCUCUCUAUCUUCUCAUCGCUAAAGUGUUCACCUCCCACUUUCUAUUAUUUGUCUAGUCUCCUCUUCAUUUCGUUUCGUUUUCGUCCUUUAAUUUUUUUUUUUUUUUUGCUUUGCUGGCGCCAAGUU